CAGCAGAGAGCUCAGCAGAGCUGGUGAACACCUGGGCCAGGAAGACCAACUGAAGAGACGACUCCCCUUCUAUCUGUCCAGCUCCUCUGGAAGGCCCUGCCAUGAGGAAGAGUCUCUUCAUCUUGCUCGGUCUGAUUGCAUCUGUAGACCCAGACAAUGCCAGGAAACGCUUUUAUAUGCAAAGCCAAAGUCUGACCUGGAGUGCAGCUAGAAGCUCCUGCAUGUCUUGCUUUGAAGAUCUGGCCGUCAUUAAAUCAUCCCUGAAAACACAAUCCAUUCCUGCCACGGGUCUCACUCUCUGGGUCGGCGCGAGCCGCCCUUCAGGUGGUAGCUUUACGUGGGUGGAUGGAAGUCUAUUGACGUACACAAAUUGGUGUCCAGGGGAGCCAAACUUUGCCAAUGAAAACUGUGUGUCAGUCUAUCCUGACAGAACAUGGAACAAUUAUCUCUGCACAAAUCUCCUGCCAUUCUUGUGCCAAGAAGAUGCAUAUUCAGGAGUUUUGACCUUCUCUGAUGUCACUUGUUCUUCAUUAACACUUAACUGGACUCAAGCUCCCGGACCAGUGGUCUCCUACACAGUAACAGCAAGAGGA